AUGCCUGUUGGACGGGCGUUUGUCUAUCGGAAUCCUGCCCAGUUUCUGAGAGCCUGGGAUGUCGUUGCAGCUGAGAUCACCCCAUGCAAACAUAGCAGGAGGAUUACUUUACCUCGAAGGCUGUUUUCGUCGUCAUCCAGAAGGUGGCAGCAAAAUGGCAAUGGAAAAGAGUCGUUCCAUUCGAGGUUGCGGACUGCUCUGCGAAAUACAAAGGUUGAGUGGUAUCCCAUCCCCGUCGGGGUGGGUAUCGCAUUCUUAGGAUUCGUUCAAUUUUUCAGGUCUAAAAAUGCAGAGAAGGAACGAGAAGAACGAGAGACCAGUGAGAAGGAUGGAUAUCAGGAGGUUUCGUCGCGAAGAAAAGUCCGUCCAAGCGGGCCAUGGCAGGUUCAAGUUAUGUCUACUCUUCCAUUGAAAGCCAUGUCUCGUCUUUGGGGACGUUUCAAUGAAUUGGUCAUUCCUUACUAUCUCCGCGUUCCAGGCUUCAAGCUUUACUCUUGGAUUUUUGGCGUCAAUCUAGAUGAAAUAGCAGAGCCCGAUCUCCAUGCUUACCCCAACCUUGCCUCUUUCUUCUACCGCGAGCUUAAGCCGGGCGUUAGGCCUCUUGAUCCAAACCCCCUUUCCAUUCUGUCACCAUCCGAUGGACGCAUCUUUCAAUUCGGUAUGAUUGAAAAUGGGGAAGUCGAGCAGGUCAAGGGUAUGACGUACAGCCUAGAUGCUCUGCUAGGACAUGAAAUGAUGAGCCCAAGCCACGAGGCAGUACACCCUACCAAAAGCCCUGUACACCAUAGCGAGCACAGCAGCAAUAAAGAUCCCGAUAAUGUGACCGCAGAUGAGAACUUUGCGAAAAUGAAUGGUAUCACUUACACACUCCCAACAUUACUGUCAGGGACGGGCAAGGCGCCCGAUGGAGACAAAUCGAUGGAUGCAUCAAUGCAUUCGAGCUCCAGCUCAGAGGCCAAAGUUAGGGCCGAUCUUGCCAAAGGCCAAACAGCCUGGUAUAUGCCCAAACCCACAUCGAACCGAGCACUCUUCUACGUUGUCAUCUACUUAGCACCAGGAGACUACCACCGAUUUCACUCCCCAGUAUCUUGGGUUGUCGAAAGCCGACGCCAUUUCGCCGGAGAACUUUUCUCCGUCUCUCCAUACCUCCAACGAACCCUACCAGGCCUAUUUACGCUUAACGAACGAAUUGUCCUUCUUGGUCGAUGGCGCUGGGGCUUCUUCAGCAUGACGCCCGUUGGCGCUACAAAUGUCGGAUCCAUUAAGAUCAACUUCGAUUCUGAACUGCGCACCAACAGUCUGACUACCGAUACGGCUGCUGACCGUGUCGCCGCAGCCGCCGCAAAGCGCGGUGAGAUCUAUUCAGGCUUCUCCGAGGCCACGUAUCGACACGCAAGCAAGACGCUGGCGGGUCACGCGCUGCAGCGUGGCGAGGAGAUGGGCGGGUUCCAGCUUGGGAGCUCGAUUGUGUUGGUUUUCGAGGCUCCGUUGGGCGACAGACCUAGUUUUGACUUGGGGUGGAUGGGAGAGCAUCGCGAGGGCGGCUGGAAAUGGAGUAUUGAGAAGGGCCAGUAUGUAAAAUACGGUCAGGCCCUUGGUGCAGUGGAGGAUGUAUAA